AUGACACUGAUCGACGCAAAUUCAAAGAGCAGUUCAAGUACUCAGAAGCCAAAGGAUGGAAGCUCAAGCAGCUCAAAACCGAAAGAUCAUCAUUCCAGUAAAUCAAACACUGCUUCAAAGCAUAGAGAACAUUCCUCCAGCUCUAGCAGCAAACACAAGGACGGUUCAAAAUCGUCGUCGCAUAAAGACAGUAACAGUAAAAACAAAGAUGCCAAGAAGUCGUCCUCUUCUCAUAAAAAUGAAAACGACAGACCCAAUAAUGCCGGCGAGGUCAAAGUAAAAUCCGAAUCUGUGUCACCAACUAAACUUGUCAUAAAAACUGAAGAUGGCAGGAAAUCAAUCAAAAAGGAGACGGAAGAUAGUGAUGAUGAUAUACCUUUGGCGCAAAGGACAAACGUCACUGUCAAGGUCGAGGAAGACUCCGAUUCAUCACCCACAAAGAAGAGGCCACACAGAGACGUAGAUUCUGAAGACGAUGAGCCUCUGUUCGCAAGGGCUCAGAAGGCGAAGAAACAAAAGACUAGUUCUACAACAUCAGUGAAAAAAGAGCACAGUGACAAGAAAAGGAAAACUGGCCCAGAUGAUGAUGAACCUUUGAAAAAAAUCAAGAAAGAGGUAAAACCAGACAAGAAAACAGCUAAGAAGACAGAUGGGUCCCCCAAGAAAAGGGUAAAGAAAGAAAAAGUAGAAGAAGAAGUUUGGAAAUGGUGA